AUGAGGGGCUGCAGCGCAUUCUGCAGAGGCUUCGGGGCAGCAGCAGCAGCUGCUGCUGCUGCUGCGUUGCUGCUAUGCCCCUUGACUGUCGUGAAUACAGAAGAGCCGGCUACUGCCCCUUCAAUUUCUCCCCAUGAAUCUGUUCCACACGCUGCACCCCAGCCUCACCAAGAGGACCCGGUGGAGCCGCAAGAGGACCUGUCUUCAGAGCAGCUGGACGCCAUUCUCGAGGGCAUUCAGACAUUCCGACCUGGGGCGAAGCCUCUGAGUCGCGGAAAGGGAUAUGACGCGGCUUCUCCUCUCGAAGCAACUACGCCUCAGAAAAACCUGCAGAGACUGGAGGAGUCCCUGGGAGCCUCCUGGUUCGCCGAUCCCCUGCGAGAGAGGGGUCAAGAAGCCUGCAUGCGUCUGCGGGAGCAGAGUGAGGACUGCCCGUCUGCAGCUGCUGCUGCUGGUGUUGCGGCCCUGAACUGCAACAUGGCGGAGGUAUCGGUGGCGAAGGAGGCGGCUGUGCAGCUGGAGGAGUCUCUUGUGGGGUCGAGUGGGGAGGAUCGUCUCCGUUGCUCCCGCCUCUUUACGCGUCUUCUGCUGUACAUCGACCUAAUGGUGUUUUAUCAGCCUUUUAAGGCUUUUCAAGAAGGAAAGUCUGCAAAAGAUGCCUUGCAGGAAGCAUUUGUGCAUUGGGGUUUUAGAGGAGACAACCAGGACGACGGCACAUUGGCGACCCCCCCAGAGGUUGUCGCUGAAACGUCUCUGCUGCAAGCCAGGCAAGCCUGCGCUGUCCCAUUCUCUAUGCAUUCUCCACGCUCUCCCAUUCAGACCCUUAAUCCUGGAUCUCGCUCUCGUGUCCCUUUGUCCCUAAAAGACUCCUACAUUGAAACUGAGAAAGCGGUGUUGCGUAGAGGUCGCACUUAG